AUGGGAGUCAUUGCUAACGUUUUCGAGGGGAAGAAAAAACAGCAAGAAAACAUUCAUACUCAGGUUGUUGCGGCCAAGAUUAGGUUUCAGCCGAUAUACUAAAACUGUUGUUUAAGAAACGAUGUCGAAAACAGAGAGCAAUUCAGCUAAAGAGUUGACAGAAGCGAUGGAGGAAACAAUGCAAAGACUUCAGGGACGAUUCAAGGGAAUUUCUGAGCAGCUGGAGUCCAAAAUAGAUGAGAUGGGAACGCGCAUCGACGACCUUGAGAGCGACGUGUCUGAGCUCAUGACGCAGGCUGGCAUGGAGGAGCAGGCCACUUCCUGUCAUGUGACCUCCAAAAACUGAGGGGCUUUUUCCCACAGAGUUGUCACUUUAGUGGGGACACAUCACUUGACCUCUUAUCACUUUAAAAUGUGGCCAAAUGUAUGCUUUGCUGCUCACAAAUCUGUGUGUUUCACUCUAACACUAAUCACAGGCACAAUAUUUGUAAGUGUUAUGACAAGGAAACAGUGCAGCAGGCCAAAAGGCUUUCAGGCACUUUGUAGACAUCUAUUUUGACUUGUAUGGUCAAAACCUUCUGUGUUCCCUCAAGGCUUAUCAAUCACAUCAGAUGCAUUCACUACCUCAGGCAAAGCUUUUAUUUAAAUAUUCAUCAAACUUGAACUUGUUCACUGGGUGUUUCUCAAUGUCGAGGAAGGCUCCUCCAGAGCCACUA